UAAUGCAUCCCUUACUUUUUGAUGUCACCCUCAGGUACGACUAGACAGCCACGAGACGGUGAGAUCACGGGAGUCGACUAUAACUUUGUCUCCGUUGAGGAGUUCUUCUCGCUGGAGGAGUCGGGGGCACUGUUGGAGAGCGGGAAGUUCAAAGGGAACUACUACGGAACCCCUCGUCCGGUUCACAUCAAUCCUGACAGUCCUCCCAUCACUUACCAGGAGCACCGUAACCUGCUGAGAAACUUCCGCACACGUAGCAAGUCCCUCAGCAACCUGGAGAAAGCAGGCGAGGAGGGAGACAAC